AUGACGGACGCACACCAGUCGCCCCUGCUGCUCCUCCCUCUCAAAACAACAGAGGAAGUCGACCUGGGCUCGGCAAUCAAGUCUCUCAUCGCAAACAGCUACGGUGAAGAUCCUAAGAAGUACUCUGAACAGACAUCGCAGCUCAACCGUGCACGUCAAGAUGCGGUCAAAGGUGCUGCCUCGGAUGCGACGGGGAGAGAUCUCCUCUUCAAAUGGUUUCACAUGCUCGAGAUGCUCGAACUUCGUUUUCCAGAGCUUCGAGUGCCUUUUCCUUGGAAGGAUGCCUUCACACAGAAGGCCAUUUCCCAGUCGAGCUUGGCGUACGAGAAGGCCAGCAUCAUCUUCAACAUCGCUGCCACACUCUCAUCGCUAGCCUCGACUCAGCCCCGCAUGUCGGGCAACGCUGACGGUCUCAAACGUGCAUACACUGCUCUUCGUCAAGCAGCGGGAAUGCUGAGCUACAUCAACGAAAACUUUCUUCAUGCUCCUAGCACCGAUAUGAGCAAGGACGUCGUGAAGUGCCUGGUCGGUAUCACGCUCGCACAGGCAUCUGAGGUGUUCUUGGAGAAGACGCUCGAAGAGAAGAAGGGCCCUGGUUUGAUCUCGAAGCUCGCUAGUCAGACCGCGGCAGCGUACACGGGGCUGGUCGAGGACUCUCGUGAACACGUCACCAAGGGCGUGUUUGAACGUUCUUGGACCUAUCUAGUUCAGGUCAAGGCGAGGCACUUCACCUCGGUCAUGCAGUACUACAAGGCUCUUGCAGACGAUGCGUCAGGAUCGCACGGCGCCUGUCUUGUCCGCUUGACGGUAGCAGAGACAGCAGCAAAGGAAGCACGCAAUUUGCUGACCACCUUCAGCGCAUCAGCAACGGCAAGUGUUGCUGCCGACCGUCCUUCGUUGCCCAGCGAUGCAGCCUCCGCCCUCGUCGCCAUCGUCAACGCCCAAGUCGCUCGAUGUGCCGAACGUAAAGAGACUGCAGUUAAAGACAACGACCUCAUCUACCACGACAUUCUUCCUUCCGAAUCAUCGCUCCCUGCCGUCGACAAAUUGGUUGCUGCCACCGCCAUUCCGAUCCAGGAGAUCUUUUCAGCUCCCGAAGUGCAGCGUGUCAUCGGUCCCGACCUCUUUCAGAAUCUUGUGCCCUUGGGUGUACACGAAAAAGCGUCUCUGUACUCGGAAGAGAAGGCAAAGAUUGCUCGAGCCGAAUCGGAACGUCACGAUCUUGCGACGGGUGAACUGCAAGCUUCGCUCGAAUACCUGGGCUUGCCUGGAAGCCUCAAAAAGUACCGUGCACUUGCGCAGGGAAGCGGGAGUAGUGCGAUGCUGGACUCGCUGGCUGAUCCGGGUUCCGAGGUGAUGCGCUGGUCGAACGAAGAAGCGGAGGGCGGAGGGGGUCGAGGUGCUGACGGGCUUGGGGUGGGUGCGGCUGGGGUCGACUCGGCUUUGCAAAAGAUCGAGAGCAUCAAGUCUCAGGCCGCGAACGAUAUCGAUGCGGCGCUGGCUGCACUCGACGACGAGAACCGAGAAUGCGAGAAGCAGCGCGUUCGAUUCGGUCACAAGUGGAAUCAAGACCCUUCCGGACUGCACACGAAAGAGAUGCGACUCAACCUCAAGGAGAACAAAGAAGCCAUGCAACAAGCUUCCCAGAACGAUGCGCAGAUCGGAAAGCUUUGGAGAUCCAUCCGAGAAGAUGUUCAGCUGCUGGUUUCCGGGCGCGAAGCACUCGAAGCUGCGUUUGCGGCCGCGCUUACUGGACAGACGGGGUUGUAUGGCGAAUCGAAUGCCCCCGCUUCGCUCAUCGAUAUCUCGGCCGACGAAGAGAAGGCCUCCGACAGCGAGAUCGCCGCUGUCAAAGCCAAACUUUCGCAGAUCGAUGAAGCGCUUCUCAAACUGAACAAGAUCAAGAAGGAACGCGGAGAAGUCCUCGCCGACCUCAAGGAAAAGAUCCAGACCGACGACAUCUCGCAAGUCCUCGUCCUGAAUCGGCGUGCUCAGAACGUCGAUUCGUCCAUCUUCGCUGCCGAGCUGGAAAAGUUCAAACCGCACCAGAACAGGAUCGCGGUGAGUCUGCAUCACCAACAGUCGCUACUGGCAGAGGUGGAGACGACGUUCAAGGAGUUGGCCGAGCUACCUGCGAGUCGAUCUGCCGGUGCGAAGUGGGAUGAGAAGGAGAAGGCGAGGAACAAGCUGGUGGCGAGGUUGAGGAGGGCGAGGGAUUCGAAUGCUCAGGUGAGGGCUGGGGUGGCGAAAGGCUUGCAGUUUUAUGCGGAUCUGCAGGAGAUUGUGAAGGCGACAAGGCAGAAUGUGACGAGAUAUGUGGGGGAUAGGAAGACGGAGAGGCAGAGGUUGGUGUCGGAGUUGGAGUGGGAGGAGAAGGGGACUGGAGGUGGUGGUGGGGCUGACAGGUUGGCUGGUUCGAUGGCUGGUUUAAGUGGACUGGGUAGUGGUGGGCCACCGCCUCCACAAGCUCCGGGUAGACAGGCGAGCUACGGAAGCGCGUAUGGAGGAGGUACACUCGGUCCUUUGUCGCCGGGCCCUCCACCAGCUGCUCUGCCAGGAGCAAGACAACUACAGUCGGCGAGUCUACCACCACCUCCUCCGGUGCCUCAUCAGCAGCCGUACCAGCAGCAGCAAUCGCAUACGGGUGUUGCUCACGAUCCUUACAACUCGAUGUUCUCCACCGGUCCAUUUAUGGAUUCCCGCUUAUCACCUGCUCCUCAACAACCUCCUCCACCCCAACAACGUCCACCUGCACCAUACUCCCCACUCGGGUACGAUGCACCCCAACGUUCAGUGUCAGGAGGAACGGGGCUGCCACCUCCACCGCAACAGUUCCAACCGAGUUUCGCGCAGAGCAGUGCUUCGCCCGCGCAGUCCAGGUACGCUUCCCCUCCACCGCCGGGUCCGGCGCCGAGCCAGCAAGGAUUCGGUGGUGCGGGUGGGUACGGUAUGCCCCCGCCGGGUCAAGGCGGGUACGGAGGUUCGCAGGGGUAUGGAGGAGCGGCGCAGGAGUAUUCGGGUGCGCAGGCGGCGUACGGUGGUGGUGGGGCAGCGGGCGGGUACGGUCAGUAUCAGUACGGGGCUGCACCUCAACAGCAGCAGGGGUACGGGGCGAGGGCUCCACCUCAGCCGCCUCAGCAGCAGCAGUAUCAGCAGCAGCCGUACCAUCAACAACAGCAUCAGGGAGGAGCCUAUCAGCAGGGCGGGUAUCAACCACGCUAUUAG